AUGGAAGAGAUAACCGAGGGAGUGACCAACAUCACCUUAACCGGCGAUUCCUACAAGAAGAAUCGGAUUCAGGUCUCCAACACCAAGAAACCCUUGUUCUUCUACGUCAAUCUCGCCAAGAGGUAUAUGCAACAGUACAAUGAAGUGGAACUUUCAGCUCUUGGCAUGGCUAUUGCCACAGUUGUCACCGUUGCUGAAAUUUUAAAACACAAUGGAUUGGCUGUUGAGAAGAAGAUCAUGACAUCUAAUGUUGAUAUGAAGGAUGAAUCGAGAGGGCGUCCCAUCUCUAAAGCCAAGAUUGAGAUAUUGCUGGGGAAGACAGAGAACUUUGAUGAAUUAAUGGCAGCUGCUGCAGAGGAGAGGGCUGCUGCAGAUGGUGAUGAGCAGAGCUGAAAGGGGCUCUGCCUACUCAAGUUUUGUUGGUUUUACUGUCUGUAGUUAGGUAAUGCAGUUAAUUCGACUAGUUCUUUAGUUGUUUACAGAUAUCAGAGGUACUAUUCCUGAAUGAUCUUGGUAGCUGUUUGGGGAUUUUUUUUAGGAUUGCGGAAAUGAACUUCAUCUGUUCAGUAUUAGAUUUUGUUAUUUGAUUCUUAUGGCUUGUCUGCUGAACACAUUUGACAUGAUAAUGGUG